GAAGCUUAUCUUACGGCGUUGAACAUCCAACAUGGAGUGUGGAUAAAACUAAAAGGAGAUAUCCUGCCUGAUGCCACCGUAUUUAGAGUUAACCUGGGCACGGAUGACCUUAACAUUGGCCUGCACUUCAACCCACGCUUCGACUAUCUUGGUGAUGUCAACAUAAUUGUCUUCAACUCAAGGAAGGAUGGCAAAUGGGGUGGAGAACAUAGGGAAAGAAACUUCCCCUUUGUGCCAGGGACCACAGUGGAGAUUCAGAUGAUGUUGGAGGAACAGCAGUUUAGAGUGAGGAUGCAUGAUGGCUCUGAUUGCGCUUUCCCCAAUCACCUUGAUUUAAGAAAAAUAGACUUCAUAUCAGUUUAUGGUGACUUCAGUGUCAGAAGGGUGGAGUUUGAAUGA